AUGACAGAUAAAGUAGCAAGCGAAGCCCCGGUUUGGGGGCGGGAGUACAGAGUGCAUGCGCCCGCACGGGAAGGCAGCAAUCUUUUGCCUCCCCCGCAGAACAGCAUAAUAGAGGGGCAGCGCUUUUCCGAGAUAGAAAAGCUUAUGGAAGACAUAAAUGCCGUUGUAGAGCAUCUGAAAAACAUAAAAGACGACCUCGUGAUAAGCCCCCGCAGAAAGCUGUGGAAGCAGAGGGGGGAAGCAGAGAGCGUGGAAAGUGCGGAAGUCUCUGGGGAGGCGAACUUGCCGGAAACUGUGCAGAAAACGUCUGAGUGCACUGUGCUGGAGGAGGCAGCCGAAACCUCCGUGCGGGAAGUGCUCGAUGCAGGAAAGGCAGUGCUGCCUGCGGUGGACUCGGUAGACAUAGUAACGCUCGAAAAUCUUUCCCUCGAGGCCGGAGACGCCAAAUCAGCGCAUCUUGAGAAUGGAGAGUGCCAGAAAGAGGCUCCCACGCCUCCCGCAAUAACGCAGGAGCAGCCUGCAUGCCCACUCGCGCAGGAGGAAGUCUUUGAAGAGGCCCAGGACGAGCCGGAGAGGAAGAUUCCACAGGCAGCAGCGAGGACAAAGCCUAUUCCCAAAAAGAGACUCCGUCUUUCCGAGAGGAAGCCUCUGCCCUCUGAAGAGAGGGCUUUAGAGAGUGAGAGUGGCCAGCGCCCGAGGAAAAAAAUGAGAAGUGCAGACCCCAUAAACAGGCCCACAUGCAAGAAAAAGGCGCAGGAUUACUUUGGCAUACUAGCGGAAAUAUGCACAGAAGAGCACCUCCAGGGCGCCAUGCGAAGCCGUUUGGAGGAGGCUUUGUGCGUUUUGUUCAAUUCCCCGAACUGUGACGAAAUUUUAGCCCACGCCACGUCCUCGUGCAAGCUAAAGUUAAAGGAGCCGCUGGAGAAGUACACAGGCCUUCUAGAGGAAACUCAGAGGGUGCACGCCAGCACAAAGAUUCUGAAAUUCGAGAUUUACAGGGAGCAAGUCGCCAUUUCCGAGAUAGACAUGCACUACAAGCCUCUGGACAAAAUUCUGGAGAAAAUAUGGCACGAGCAGAAAAGCGUAGAGCAAGCGUACUUUAAGGCCAUCCAGGGAAUAGCCAUGCGCUUGAAAAGCGUGCUCUACUCUGAAAGCCACGAAGUGUGCACAACCCACAACAAAAUUCGGAUACUCAGCCUAAUGACGAAUAUACUAAACACUGCCAAAAUAGAGAAUGCUAUGCUGUGCAAAAGCAGAGAGGCGCUUGUGAUAGAAAAGAUCCGCCUGAAAAAUGAGAUGCAUCUGAAGUCGGGAGAUGCCCAGAGGAGCCCGAAAAGAAGCGAGGGUGCAAGUUCCCCGAGUGACGCGCAGGAAGUUCCUUGCACCAGCAGCCUAAAGCGUGCGCUUUCGCGUUUCUCGAUGAAAGUAGCAAAAGGCGUGCAAUCGGUCUUUAGGAGGCAAAGCCGCACUCGGCAGUAUUUAUAG